ACUGGGUCCAGGAAACUGUGGUUGCCUAGCAAGUUUCACAUCUACGGUGCAAAGUUUGAAGACGUGCUCUCCGCCCGUUGCAAACUACAAACCCACAGCAACUUCUUCCAAACUAUUUUUUUCCCCACAUCGAGGUCCAAGGUGGUCACGCUGACGGUGCAAGAUGUCCGUCGCAGGAUUUAAGAAGCAGUUUUACAAAGCGAGUCAGAUGGUGAGUGAGAAGGUUGGAGGAGCAGAGGGAACCAAACUAGAUGAAGACUUCAAGGACCUCGAAAGGAGAGCAGAUGUUACCAGCAAAGCAGUGGUGGAAGUCAUCAAUAAAACAUCAGAGUACCUCCAGCCCAACCCAGCAACGAGAGCCAAGCUUUCCAUGCUUAACACGGUGUCCAAAAUCCGCGGGCAGGUGAAGAGUCCAGGUUACCCCCAGCCUGAGGGCCUCCUGGGAGAGUGCAUGACAAAGUAUGGACGGGAUAUGGGCGAUGACACCAACUUUGGUGGAGCUUUAGUAGAUUUCGGGGAGACAAUGAAGAGAAUGGCUGAGGUCAAGGACUCUCUGGAUAUUGAUGUGAAGCAGAACUUUAUUGACCCGCUGCAGGCAGUCGCUGAGAAGGAUAUCAAAGACAUUCAGCACCACUUGAAGAAGCUGGAGGGCCGACGUCUGGACUACGAUUAUAAAAAGAAGCGUCAAGGUAAAAUCCCAGAAGAAGAGAUCAGGCAGUCCCUGGAGAAGUUCCACGAGUCUAAAGAGAUGGCAGAAAGCUCCAUGCACAACCUGCUGGAGACAGACGUGGAGCAGGUGAGUCAGCUGUCUUCUUUUGUGGAGUCUCUGGUGCAGUACCACAGACAGGCCUCGCAGAUCCUGGAGGAACUUUCUGACAAACUGAGACAAAGGGUAAAUGAAGCUCAGUCUCGUCCGAGGCGUGAAUACACACCCAAACCCAGGCCAGUUUACGACUUUGGAGAGGUAGAAAACUCUAACGGAGGAUACUCGCCAGCUGCAGCAAACCCCCCAGCUUACUCUGCCGCCCCAGCACAAUAUCCAGGUUCAUCCUUCCAAAGAGCCUCCAUGAAGAGCAGACAGCAGCCGUGCUGUAAAGCCCUCUAUGACUUUGAUCCAGAGAACGAAGGUGAGCUGGGAUUCCACGAGGGCGACAUCAUCACCUUGGUCAGUCGAAUUGAUGAAAACUGGCUGGAGGGGAGCAUUCGAGGCAGAACAGGAUAUUUCCCCAACAAUUAUGUUGAAGUGAUGGUGCCUCUGCCAUGAAAACAGCCAGGAAAUAAGAGGGGCAGCAAGAUGGAAAGGAAGAACAUGGGGGAUGAUGGAGGAUUGUCUCUCAAUAAUCACAAGAUAUCUUUUUUUUUAUUGUAAAUGAAGGGUAAACAUCUCAAGACAGGGACCUACUUUUUGUAUCUAGGAGUUGUUUGAGUAAAGAACUUUUUUUUUAAUUAUUAUUCUGUCAGAUAAUGUCAAGAUUUAAGGGAUUUUUAAAAACAAUAAGGACCCGAGAAUGUUUAAUCAGAACAACGACGGCUUAAUCUUUGGGUGCAUUUUCCAUAUCAUGAGUCCUUAAAUUCAUUCUCUAUGCACCUGUGCACUUUGUACACUACACCUCCAUCACUGGGACUGCAGAAGAAAGAGAGCAUGUCACCUGUCCAGCAGUAUGCUGAAACACUAAGAAGUGCAACUACUUUACUCGUGACCUAUUUUAUACUCACAAGAGGACAUUUCUUGUUCUAUGUACUGUUCAUAUUGGUACUGCACACAUGCAUGUAUACACAUGCUUCCCCGUGAGCACUCUUCUACACUCCCAGUCUCACUCCUGUGCCUUCGGGCUUCAGUACUGUUGUCCACAUGGACUAGAAUCAACAUGGAGGCAGGGCUGACUUUCAUCGGUGUUUGACACUAUCCUCCACUGCCAUCUGGUGGUACUUGAGAUCAUUCUGAGUCAUUAUUUAAGUGGUACUCACAUGAGGUCUCUUUUAUCUCUUAACAAAAUCCCUGUUAGGUGUCUUAUAUUGUCUUGUAUUUUAGUGUAGAAGCUGUGAGGCAGUUUAGGUGACAUUAAUCACAUUUUAAAAAAAAAUGUUGUUUAAUAGUUUAUUGUUUCUUAAGAGCUAGAGGCGCCCAUGAAUAUACUUCAUUUUAUCAUCUUUAUCACACUCAAUCAUUACAAAGUUGUCAAUGGUUUGAUUUACUUUCAGCACUUUCUCAUUGCACUCCACUCUCUUAGUGCUGAUGCCAAAGAAGGGCUGCACAAAUUCCCAGAUCGGACAAACCUGCUGUUUGGCAUUAAGUCUAAAUGUUUUCCAACGCUACAAAAUUAAGAAUUUUAGAGAUUCUAUGCAAACAUCUGGUUUUCCCUUUUUAUUUUCUUCAUACUUUAAAUAUGAAAAGCAGACGUUUGUUCCCAUCUCUGUGCAGCCCACAACAAUGUAACAUGAUUCGCCCCCCCACCCCUGAUAUUUUGCAGCACCACACCAAAGCCAUAAGCUUGCAUCCUUCAGCCCCUUUAUUUUCUCAGGCUCUUUUGAUACUGCUGGCAGUGUCAUUCACAAUGUUUUGUGGGCUUUCACCCCACUGUGUUUGUCAAUGCAUUUUCAGCCUGUGAUUUGUUUUCCACACACAGCAAUGGGGUCAGCUAGGUUUUUGUCCUCUAACCUCCAAUUUGAAGCAUGGAAAUUAAUCUGAUGUGUGAUUGGGUGUGUUUGUACCUGCCUCAGUUUUCAGGCUGAAACUGUGCACCAGACCUGACAGAAAAUGCAAUCUCCAGACUAUUGUGUACAGAAUAUACUAAUAAUGAGGAAGGCCUGUGCACAAUAGCUGGUUUCAGUUUCAAUUAAGCCUAUUACAAUCUUGCUAUGAACUGUGAGGGCUGGUGCUGCUCACUCAAAUGCCAACUUUCUCCUCUUGUCAUGAUCCCCUUGUUAGACCGCCCCGCGCCCCACUCAUCCCUCACGUAUCUGUUUAAACUGGGAGUGGAACAGACAGCUCUUUUGAGCAGGGAAGGGUGCACAGCGGUGGAUUAUGCCCUCCCUCCCCCCACUGGUCUUUAUUCACCACCUGCCUCUGUACCCCUACCCCCUUUCUCAUUAUCUGCCCCUUCCCAAUCCCAUGGUGCCUCUGGAGCUCAGUCUCCUGGUUCAUCCCCUGGAAUAAUCUCCUCAUUGUUAUCAUAGUAUGUGCCUCUUUAUGUUAUUUUGCAUGUUAUUCAUGUUAUGUAUUAGGGCCAGGGGCUAUGGCCAUGCUGGGUCAUAUCUGUGUGGUUCAGGUGUGGGUUUACAUGCCUCAUUACACUAAAUCAAAGUUUGAGAGGGGGGAUAAAGCAGGGUCAGGGGUUCAGGUUGAGCUAUUAUGCAGCAUGUAUAAUAUUGAUGAUGAAUAAUGUCAUGGAACAAAAGGGCGAAGAUCAAUUUUUGUGAGCUGCUGCUGCUGUCACAGCUGAAACAGUUGUCCGAACGCUUGGGCUGACAUUUAUUACUACACUACGUUCUGUGAUGGCUCCUUUAGCAUCCUUACCUAUAAGUGUCUACACUUUGCAAUAAUGAUGAA